UCAUUAGCAUUACUGACGCUGUCAGUGUAUAAAAGGCGAGCUCGGAGCCCGCUUUCCCCUUACACUGUGUGUGAAAGGGAGCGGCAGGAUGGCGGAUGAGAAGAAAGCACAGGCAGUCCCCAAAAAGGGCGCUAAGAAAAUGGUCAAGAAGCCGGCAGCGAAGGGCGUCAAGCAGAGGAGGCGGCGGAGGAAAGAAACUUACUCCAUCUACAUCUACAAAGUGAUGAAGCAGGUUCACCCCGACACCGGCAUCUCCUCCAAGGCCAUGAGCAUCAUGAACUCGUUCGUCAAAGAUAUUUUCGAGCGGAUCGCGGGGGAAGCUUCCCGCCUGGCCCAGUACAACAAGCGCAGCACCAUCAGCUCCCGGGAGAUCCAGACCGCCGUGCGGCUGCUGCUGCCCGGGGAGCUGGCCAAGCACGCCGUGUCGGAGGGCACAAAGGCGGUGACCAAGUACACCAGCUCCAAGUGAAGGGCAGCAUUGGAGUGAAAACCAAAACCCAACGGCUCUUUUCAGAGCCACCUCCACCUUCCGUGAAACAGCUGAACUAGUAUCGUUCUGGGUAUGUACGGUGAAUGUGACCACGGUAUUGGGGUUGGAUGAAGAUUGUGUCAAUGAAUGAGUGCCCGCCGACCCUCUGCGCGCCUUAUUCUCGGAUAUAUUCCUGUAUAUCCUGUAAUCCCUGCCCGGGAGGGAGAUCAUGGUAAAUGCCACAGUCAUUUCUCAGCUGCUUCCGCGUUACUCGAUCAGUUCAGGAGCAAAAGGUCCCUGUGGGGUAUGAACCCCGAGUUUCACUCCCUACAAACCAACCCACCCGCCGGCAGGCAAAGGAAAUGUUUCCCCCUGCGUCCCAUUUGCCUUGGUUUUUAUUUCCAAAUCUCCAUGCGAGUAUUGUCCGGAUGCAGAAUGCUAUAAAUGCUGCC